AUGGAGCAAAUCAAUUCGAACAGUAGAAAAAAAAAGCAGCAAUUGGAAGUAUUCAAAUAUUUUGCAAGUGUCCAGAAAAAAGUGGACAAACCUAUUAGCAUCAGUAAUGUUAUCUUAGAUAUGCCGACAAUGAAUUCAGGUAAUAUUAAAGCAGCAAAUGGGAAAGCCAACGCGGACAACCUUACAGGAGAACUAAUUUUGACAUAUGACGAUUUCAUUGAAUUAAUAUCUAGCUCAAAGACUAUAUAUUCAAAGUUCACGGAUCAUUCGUUUAACUUGAAUCAGAUACCCAAGAACGUUUUUGGGUGUAUUUUCUUCGCCAUAGAUGAACAGAACAAGGGAUAUUUAACUCUUAAUGAUUGGUUCUAUUUCAAUAAUUUAUUAGAAUAUGAUAAUUAUCAUCUCAUUAUUCUAUAUGAGUUCUUUAGGAAAUUUGAUGUAGAGAAUUUGAAAGCAAAACAGAAAAAAGAGCUUGGUAGUUCGUCAUUCAACUUAAAGGCUGCAGAUGAUCGAAUCAAAUCAAUUAAUUAUGGUAACAGAUUCCUAAGCUUCGAUGAUCUUCUUUUGAAUCUAGACCAAUUCAAAGAUACUAUCCGUCUGUUGCAUGAAUCUAUUGAUAAUAAUUUCGUUAAGGAUAACAAGUUAUUACUUGAUUGGGAUAGCUUUCGAUUUUUGAAAUUUUACAAAUGUUAUCAUGAAAAUGAAGAGUAUUUGAGUUUAAAUUCUCUAGUCACAAUUUUACAAAACGAUCUUAAGAAUGAAAAAAUAUUUAUAGGCUUUGAUAGGCUGGCACAGAUGGACUCACAAGGGCAUCGUUUAGCUCUAAGCAAAAAUCAACUCAUCUACCUCCUAAGGUUAUUUUACUCUCAUAGGGUAUCUGCGGAUAUAUUUUCCUCCUUGAAUCUAUCAAACACAGAAUUACUAAAAGCAGAUAAUAAUUCUAUUCCAUACAAUGUAUUCAAGGAUGUAUUUUAUUUAUUCCAAAACUUUGACCUUCUCAAUCAAAUAUUUCAUAAAUAUGUCACUGAAAAUAAGUUGACUGAGCAUGAUAUUAGGGAACAGAUAGUUACUAAAAAUGACUUUAUGUCAGUUUUAAACGCCCAGUAUAACAAAGUUAACAAUAUUGUUGAGUUCUCCCCUUCUCAAAUUAACCUGCUCUUUUCCAUUGUUGCAAAUUCAAAGGAAAACAGGAGAUUAAGAAAGAGGAAUAAAGAUCGAGACAAUGAGCUUCUAAAAGAUCAUCAUUAUGAUUCGGAUAUUGAUUUUUUUAUCCAUAAUGAGUAUUUGCAUGGAGUAAGCAAAUCCAGAAAAAACUUGGAAAGUUUCAAUGACUAUUACCAUGAUCUUUCAGAUGGAUUUGAUCAAGACUCCAAUGUUAAAAAAGCCUCAAAGGCAAGUACUGGCUUGUUUGAGUCUGUAUUUGGAGGUCAAAAAGAUAAGGCUACCAUGCGUUCUGACUUAACAAUUGAAGAUUUUAUGAAAAUUCUAAAUCCAAAUUACCUGAAUGACUUAGUCCACCAAAUGGAACUGCAAAAAAACCAAAACGAAUCAUUGUAUAUUAAUUAUUACUUUUAUCCAAUUUUCGAUUCGUUAUACAAUUUUUCAUUGGGUUCUAUUGCGGGUUGUAUUGGUGCAACUGUAGUGUAUCCGAUAGACUUCAUAAAGACAAGAAUGCAAGCCCAAAGAUCGUUAGCACAAUACAAAAAUUCAAUCGAUUGUUUGCUGAAGAUUAUAUCGCGUGAAGGAAUAAAAGGUCUCUACUCUGGCCUCGGACCACAACUAAUUGGAGUUGCUCCUGAAAAGGCGAUAAAAUUAACAGUCAAUGAUUUUAUGAGAAACAGGUUGACUGAUAAAAACGGCAGGCUUAGCCUUUUGCCCGAAAUAAUUUCAGGUGCUUCAGCAGGUGCAUGUCAAGUUAUAUUUACUAAUCCAUUGGAAAUUGUAAAAAUUAGGCUACAAGUUCAAUCCGACUACGUUGGUGAAAACAUACAGCAAGCUAAUGAAACUGCAACUCAAAUCAUUAAAAAAUUAGGACUGAAGGGUCUGUACAAUGGUGUAGCGGCCUGUUUAAUGAGAGACGUUCCAUUCUCUGCUAUCUAUUUCCCCACCUAUGCACAUUUAAAAAAAGAUCUCUUCGAUUUUGAUCCGAAUGAUAAAACAAAGAGGAACCGAUUAAAAACAUGGGAGCUUUUAACUGCCGGUGCUAUUGCUGGUAUGCCCGCUGCCUUCUUGACUACACCUUUCGAUGUUAUAAAAACCAGGCUCCAGAUAGAUCCUCGAAAAGGCGAGACAAAGUACAAUGGUAUAUUCCAUGCUAUCCGCACUAUCUUAAAGGAAGAGAGCUUUAGAAGCUUUUUCAAAGGCGGUGGAGCCCGUGUUCUGAGAAGUUCACCUCAAUUCGGGUUCACUCUAGCGGCUUAUGAAUUAUUCAAGGGCUUUAUUCCCUCCCCCGAUAACAAAAUAAAAAGCAGAGAAGGUAAUAAGAGAUUUUGUAUAGACGAUGACGCAGAUAAUGAAAAAAACGUAGUUCAUAGCAAGGAUGAGUUCCCACAGCAAAAGUUCUAUUCUGAUGAUAGAAAACAUGCUAAUUAUUACUAUAAAAGCUGUCAAAUUGCGAAAACAUUCAUUGAUUUGGAUAAUAACUUUUCUAGGUUUGACUCCUCAGUUUAUAAGAAUUUCCAAGAGCACCUAAGAGGCAUAAGCAAGUAA